UGUAAAUGGAAAUGGUGCCCUGAGGGUUCUUCUGCAUAUGUCUGUCUAUAUGUCUGUCUGACUGUGUGUCUGUCUGAAUGUCUGUCUGUCUGUCUUUCUGUUCACUGCACUUCACUGGUACCAGUUAGUCGCUCAUGAGCUGCAGAACCUUCAUUUAGAAGAUACUAACGCUUUAACCAUCUCAUACUGCUUGGACCUAAUUUAUGAACCCUCAGCCAUUAUUAUUCAGUGUGUCUAUGCUCUGUCGGAAUGAAAGUGUUCUAAUCUGGUGGUCUUGAUUCUUGUUGCUUCCUGUUUUUGAGGCUGCAGCUAAAAAUAAGAGUACGUGAGAUGGAGAGACAGUUACUUUAGCGUUUCCUUUGUCUCUUUCUUUGCCUCCUUUUUGCGUUUUCGUUUGUAAAUACACCAAAUAACGUUUUAAACGCGAUUGAAAUCAACUCGUUCAAUGCGUCUGAACUUUGAUAAGACUACGUUAGAUAGCAGGCUAGCACGCUAAGCUAGCUGACCACUACAUAUCUUUACACGAUGUAAACAUACGGUUUUCGGCUUCUUAUAUGAAUGUAUAUAUUUUUUCUUUCUUUUUUGCUUUGAUUUGUCGGAAAACUGCCUAUGAAGAAAACAAAGCCUCUCAGACUUUGUCAGGAAAUUUGCUGCAAUAUGACGUGACGUGUGUUCCUGGCUGUGAGCAUAAAAAGAAUCGUGCAACAUUUCCCACAUCUCUCAGUCACGGAGAACAUGGACAGCUCGGUGACCUUGUGGCAGUUCCUACUGGAGCUGCUGUUGGACUCCAGCAAUGACCACCUCAUCUGCUGGACAAAUGAGGAUGGAGAGUUCAAACUGCUGCAGGCAGAAGAGGUGGCCAGAUUGUGGGGUGCCCGCAAGAAUAAACCCAGCAUGAACUAUGACAAGCUCAGCCGGGCUCUGCGUUACUACUACGACAAGAAUAUCAUCAAAAAAGUGAACGGUCAGAAGUUUGUGUAUCGAUUUGUGUCGUACCCUGAUAUCUUAAAGGGGGACAUCCUUUUUAGAACAGAGACUGUAGAUGGGGGCUCUGGUGGGCCUCUGCCCCAUUCCGACAAACCUGCAAACAUCUCCAGAGAUAAAGAAAGCAAACUAGCCCCGGACCGGAUCAACGGACUACAAGGCCAGUAUAAACCAUCCAAUCGGAAUGACUACAUCCACUCCGGCUUGUACACAUCCUUCACUCUGAACUCUCUGCAGUCAGGAACACAGCUCUUUAAAUCCAUCAAGAUCGAAAACCCAGGAGAAAAGCUCUCAGAGAAAAAGCCAGCCCAGGAUUUGCCCCAGCCGCACUCAGUCAUCAAGUUUGGGACCAUGAAUAUGAGCAGACCAACCAUACAGUCCACAGCAGAGAAGUCUGAACUUCCAGGUCACCCUGCUCAAGCCCAGCUGCCCACUCCAACAGACUCCGAGAUAAAACAGACAGGUGUGCCGCAAGUAGUGUGUGCGUUUGUUGAUGCUCCGUCCACAGAGAAUGCCAUGAUCGACUUUCCGCUCUCAGGAAUCUCAUCUUCACUGCUCUCUCGUUCCGAAUCACCCUCUUCUUCUCAGAUGACGGAUUCACAGGAGCUGGUGAUCGACAGUGAAAUUGAUUCCAUCUCUUCUCAGCCUUCAGAUUUACAGCUGCAGGUCCAGCCCACAUCUGUUUUCAAGGACAUAGUUUCAUUUUCUGAUAUGUCACAGUCUUCACCCCACAAACAUAGCGGGAAGUCUAAGAAACCCAAAGGCCUGGAGUUGAUGCCUGCGCUGCUGGUGACUAGCUCUGACAUGAGCCCUCUUAAUCUGUCCAGCCCCUCCCUCCCUACAGCCUCUCUGACCCCAGCAUUCCUGCAGACACCCCUGCUGCUCACCCCUAGUCCACUUCUAUCCAAUAUCCAUUUCUGGAGCACACUUAGUCCUGUUGCACCCCUCAGCCCUGCCCGAAGACAUGGCACGCACACCCUUUUUCAGUUUCCUUCUGUUCUGAGUUCCACCCAGUUCUCUGUACCGGUGCAUACUUUCGAUGGCACCAACACGCCUGGCCCCAUCUCCCCCGACCCACAGAAGACAUAAAGAGGAAGAACAAUUGCCACACUUCAUCUUUGCCUCUUAGUCAAUCAGAUCAACCUCAUUCUGUUAACCUGAUCUGCCCCUGUUCAGGUCAAGAAGAUUUAUGACCAUUGAUUGAGCAUCAAGAGUAUCCGUUUGACUCUUGAACUUCUAUUAUGUUACAGAUCCAUUUGGAUACUGUUAAUUUGUAUGUUCAAUAAGCCAUCGCAUUAUGUAUUCGCAUCCUGCAGGACAAAGUAUUUAUAUUUUUUCUCUUUGUAAAUAUGCUAAUCUUCAGGGAUUGGCUUUAAGGGAAUUACAUUGUUGAAUAAUGGAAGAUGGCUGUCGAUUUAAACAGCUGUUAAUAAGCUGCCAAUAUGGGAAUCAUGUAUUUUUUUAUGGCAAAACAACCAGAAAUUGGUAUGCUAAUGGAAUUUUCUUGUGUUUUGUUUCUCGUUGAUCUUUUUUGGAAGGAUUCGUUCAGACACGGAAGAAACUCUCGAAUGACAUUUGAACCAUGUGUUUGUACGAUAAUAUCCCUGUUUAACGGUGGAUAAAGUGUGGUCAUUUUGUACAUAAUCCAGCAAGUUCAACUAGCCUCAACCCAUGUUUGCCUUUAGUUUGGGAAAGCACUCAAACCAACCUGCCUUGCCAAGCCAAACCGCCCCUUUUUGCCUUGUGAUUUUGAUAAUUGUGUUUUAUCUCGUACCUUUCCUCAUGCUGCACUUAUUGCCAUGUACUAAACGUGUUUGUCACUUUAACCUCCACUUAAAAUACAACCUGUACUAGGUCUUGUUAAGGACACUCCCCUCUUGUAAGGUAAAACCUUCAGUCAAGAGCCACAUAACCACAAUCACUGCAUCCGAGAUGGUUAUGUAUAUGCCCUCCUGUUUUAAUAUGGAAGAUCAUUUAGGCCAGAAACAUACUUUAAUGGUAUAUUCUGGGUUCAGUUAAGCUCAAUCGACAGCAUUUGUGGCAAAAUGCUGAUUACCAUUCAAAUAUUUUCAACUUGUCACUUCUUUACUUGGAGAAAAAAAAAAGCAAAAAUCAUGGGUACAGCAAGACACAUAGAAGUCAAUGGGGCCAAUCUAUAAAUGCUAAAAUACACAUCAUUUCAUAAGUAUAUCCACAAGAUGUAAUCAUGCUUUUAGUAGGUGAUUUUAUCACACUAAAACUGUUUACACAAUGUUUAGAUAUUGUUGCUAUACUUUUGAAACAGCGUUUAUUUCAAUGUUUAUGGACUGGCCCCACUUCCCUUGUAAAUGCCUUUUUGUAACUGCAAUUUUUUUUAAUAAAUGAGGAACAAGUCAAAAAUAUUUUCUGUGGUAAUCAACAAUUUGCAACAAAUGCUGUCCACUGAGCUUAACUUAUAUUAAACCUGGAAUAUUUCUUUAAGAAUUAGUUUACAAUAUUGGAAAACAGACUUCUGCAUCAUCAUAAUGUGUAAGUUUUAUGUUAACACCAAUGUUUUUGGUGUUCUAACUAAGACACAUUUUUUAGAGGGCCAUUUAGUAGGCCAAAUUGUCGCCAUCAUUGCUGCAACGCUUGAUGGCAACUGUUUAAUGAAGCGUGUUUCCAAUCACGCCCCUAAUGCCAUCAAACCAUAAUACUGCCAUAUAUGGAGCUGCAGCGAUGCUUAUCAUGCAAAUCUUUUCGUAGAAACCAUUUACCUUCUCUGAAGACUGGAACCCAUUAGGAACGAUUUCAGUUGUGUGAAAAUCAGAAGAGUUGCUUUACUCCUUUAGACUGCUGAUUCACCAUUAAGCUAAUGGAGUGUACACGGCAUAAAAUAGAUUGGAACGGCAUCAGCUCAGUGCUUAAAGCAGUUCGGCCUCAUUCCACCAGUAGGACAGUUCAUUUGGUGGAGAUUGGUUGUAAGUGUUUUCGGAACUGUACAGCUGCCUGUAGAACCCAAGCC